AUGGUGCGCCUGACGCUGAUUGCGCGCGCGUCGGACGGGCUGCCGCUUGCGGAGGGCCUUGAUAGCGACAAGGACCCCGAGAUCGAUGCCUACAAGCAGCAGGCCAAGGCGCUGUUCAAGCGCGUAGGCGGCUCGCACCAGCCGCCUCGCGUCAGCCUUGAAAGCGGCCCGAACGUGUUCCAUUAUCUGCUGGAGAGCGGCGCCUGCUUCCUCACGCUCACAGAGAAAGGAUACCCCAAGAAGCUGGCGUUCCAGUACCUGGAGGAGCUGGCGGGGGAGUUCAGCCGGCUGUAUGGCGGCCAGGUGGAGGGCGUCACGCGGCCCUACGCAUUCAUAAAGUUCGGUGAGGGCGCGGGACACUUUUAUCCAGAAAACCAAGAAGCUCUUCCAGGACAGCCGCAGCUCGCGUAA